CGUGGGCGGCGGGGGUCGCCGGGCUGAGCCGCGCGGAGCGGCCGGGACGUGGAUGCGGCCGCGUUCUCCCGCCCCCGCCCCGCCGAGCAGGAGCUGCUCCCGGACAAGAUAUGAGAAAUGAGUGUUGGACGUCGAAGGAUAAAGUUGUUGGGUAUCCUGAUGCUGGUGAAUGUCUUCAUUUAUUUGAUUGUGGAAGUCUCCAAAAGCAAUAGCCAAGAAAAAAAUGGAAAGGGGGAAGUAAUAAUACCCAAAGAAAAGUUCUGGAAGAUAUCCAGUCCCCCUGUGGCUUAUUGGAACCGAGAACAAGAAAAGCUGAACAAGCGGUACAAUCCCAUUUUGAGCAUGUUGGCCAACCAGACAGGGGAGGGGUAUGGGUCUUCCAAUGUGAGCCAUCUGAACCACUGCGAGCCUGACCUGACGGUCAUGUCAGUAGUCACAGGUUUUAAUAAUUUGCCGGACAGAUUUAAAGACUUUCUGCUCUAUUUGAGAUGUCGAAAUUAUUCCCUGAUUAUAGAUCAACCAGAUAAGUGUGCAAAGAAACCCUUCUUAUUGCUGGCAAUUAAGUCCCUCACCCCACAUUUUGCUAGAAGGCAAGCCAUUCGGGAGUCAUGGGGCAGAGAAGCCAAUGUGGGGAACCAAACAGUGGUGCGAGUCUUCUUGCUGGGCCAGACCCCCCCGGAGGAUAACCAUCCUGACCUUUCAGAGAUGCUGAAAUUUGAGAGUGAAAGGCACCAGGACAUUCUUAUGUGGAACUACCGGGACACUUUCUUCAACUUGUCUCUGAAAGAAGUGCUGUUCCUCAGGUGGGUGAGCACUUCCUGCCCAAAGGCCGAGUUUGUUUUCAAGGGUGACGAUGAUGUUUUCGUGAACACCCAUCACAUCCUGAAUUACUUGAAUAGCUUAUCCGAGAACAAAGCCAAAGAUUUGUUCAUAGGUGAUGUGAUCCACAAUGCUGGACCUCAUCGGGAUAAGAAACUGAAGUACUACAUCCCAGAAGUUGUUUACUCUGGCGUCUACCCACCUUACGCGGGGGGAGGUGGGUUCCUCUACUCCGGCCACCUGGCCCUGAGGCUGUACAAUAUAACUGACCAGGUCCAUCUCUACCCCAUUGAUGACGUUUAUACUGGAAUGUGCCUUCAGAAACUUGGCCUCGUUCCAGAGAAACACAAAGCCUUCAGAACAUUUGAUAUAGAAGAGAAAAAUAAGAAUAAUAUUUGUUCCUAUGUAGACCUGAUGUUAGUACAUAGUAGAAAACCCCAAGAGAUGAUUGAUAUUUGGUCUCGGUUACAAAGUGCUCAUUUAAAAUGCUAAAAUAUAUAUUCACUAAAUUUUGCGUAGGAAGACAUACCUUGAAUAGUUCCCAUGUUGUGUUCUCACAUUAGGGUUAUUUCUGUGCUAAACCAUCAUAAUUGCCUUUAGGUAUCCAUUUGAGGGCCUCUAAGCUCUUCAGUUUGGUACUUUUCUGAAGAGGGAGAGCAGAAGAAUAUAAUUUCUUACGGAGGAUGUGGUGAGAUAAUUGGUUCUGAUCCUUCCUACUGAUGGGUGGUCAUUAUUUUCUAAUUCAUCCUCCCUUUGCAUCUGAAAUCAUAAGUUAUUUUUGUUUUGCCCUCAUAUGAUGAUAUUCCUGCUUUCCAUUUUAAUGAUUGAUCUAUCUGUGAUUUAGAUGUUUAUAAACCGAUUGGAUACAAAGACUUUGUUAUACAUGGUUCAGUGGCUUCUCUGAAAUGGAAUUAAAUUUAUUUUCAUGAAUUUUGGAUGAAUUUUAGAUUGUCUAGAAAAAUUGACUUCUGUCAAUAUUUCCUGCCACCCCAACAGUAUUUUGUUGCAUUAAUCUGAUUAAGUUCAUUUAGCAAAAUGAGAAUCACCGUGUGUCACUCGUACAGUUUAUCUUGUUAUAAUGUUCAUAGUAAGGAGAGAAAAUUUAAUUUUUUGUGUGUUUGGUUUGCUGGGUGGUAUCAUGAUAAUUCUCUAAUUUUAGUAUUUGACAGUAACGAGUAUGAUUCCGUAACGGCCAGCUGAAGAUUGAAUUGCCCCUGACAACCAUACUGGGUCUGUAAUAUUAAAAACGUGCACCAGGAAAGCCUAUGUGACUUUGGAGCUUUAAGCAGAAAGAUUGAAGUUGCGUACCUUUCCGUGGUUUGUCAGUUUAAAACUCCAGGAUUCUAUUCUUGCCAUAUUUUCACGUGUUGCUUAUACAAAAUUAUUAUUCUGAGUAGUGACUGCUUCCCUGUCUCAGUGUAGAAGUGCCUGUGUUUUUAUUUAUUGUUCAGAUCUAAGACCAAAACAUUUUCUUAAAUAUAUUUUGUGUAAUAUUUUAUUUGUAUACAGUGUUGUUGAUGAAAUAUUUAAUUAGAGCAUGGUAUUUUAAAUGUUAAGGUGUAACAUGUUAAAUAAAGUUAAUUGUUAUUUUGAA